CUCCUCCUCUUCACCCUCGUCCCAGUCCCAGUCCUCCAGCUCCUGUUCCCCAGCAGGAAUUGCAUGGCCCCGGCGCUGCCGCUCCUGGCGCUGGGAUCGACCGCCGCCGCCGCCGCCAACGCCGCCGCCACCGUCUUGUCCUACUCCCUCACCGGCUCCUAGUCUGCUCCCCGCGCAGCUCCAGGACUCGGCUCCCCCCGCGCAGGGCGCAGCUCGGUGCCGCAGGGCUAGGGGCGCCCGCGGCUUGCCGGGCUCGGGCGCUGGGCGCUGCGCGCCCCCUAUUCCCGGAGCUCUCCCAGCUUCGGCCCCUAUCCUGCCGCAGCCCACCUAGCCAGAGGAGAAGGACCGCCUCCUCCCUUCAGCCCGCUCCUCUCUGGGGUCACUAUGCCCAGCAAAACCAAGUACAACCUGGUGGACGAUGGGCACGACCUGCGGAUCCCCCUCCAUAACGAGGACGCCUUCCAGCAUGGCAUCUGCUUUGAGGCCAAGUAUAUUGGAAGCUUGGAUGUUCCAAGACCGAAUAGCAGGGUGGAGAUUGUGGCUGCUAUGCGAAGGAUACGGUAUGAGUUCAAAGCCAAGAACAUCAAGAAGAAGAAAGUGAGCAUCAUGGUAUCAGUAGAUGGAGUGAAAGUGAUUCUCAAGAAAAAGAAGAAGCUUCUUUUAUUGCAGAAAAAGGAGUGGACCUGGGAUGAGAGCAAGAUGCUGGUGAUGCAAGACCCCAUCUACCGGAUAUUCUACGUCUCCCAUGAUUCUCAGGAUCUAAAGAUCUUUAGCUACAUUGCCAGAGAUGGUUCCAGCAACGUCUUCAGGUGUAAUGUCUUUAAGUCCAAGAAGAAGAGUCAAGCUAUGCGGAUUGUCCGGACUGUGGGCCAAGCCUUUGAGGUGUGUCACAAGCUGAGUCUUCAGCACACACAGCAGAACGCAGAUGGACAAGAGGAUGGAGAGAGUGAAAAGCACAGUGACAACUCGGGGGAUCCAGCCCGCCAACUGACUGGAGCCGAGAAGGCCUCCGCAGCCACUGCAGAGGAGACUGACAUCGAUGCUGUGGACAUCCCUCUCCCAGGAAGUGACAUCCUGGAUUUCAGCCGAGGGGUGACUGACCUUGAUGCAGUGGGGAAGGAAGGAGACCCCCUUACUGACACCAAGGUCUCGCUCCACCACCAGGAGAACAUUCUGACUGCCUCACCCAAGAUGCUGCUGCCCUCCUCCUCACAGCUGCCCAGUAUCGGGACCCCACUGUCAACCCACCACCAGAUGCAGCUCCUCCAACAGCUCCUCCAGCAGCAGCAGCAACAGACCCAAGUGGCCGUGGCCCAGGUUCAUUUACUGAAGGAUCAGUUGGCUGCAGAGGCCGCGGCUCGACUGGAGGCCCAGGCUCGAGUCCACCAGCUCCUGCUGCAGAACAAAGACAUGCUUCAGCAUAUCUCCCUGCUGGUCAAACAGGUGCAGGAGCUUGAGCUCAAACUGUCGGGACACGAUGCCAUGGGUUCUCAGGACAGUUUGUUGGAAAUCACCUUUCGCUCUGGCGUCCUCCCCGUGCUCUGCGACCCCACGACUCCCAAGCCCGAGGACCUCCACCUGCCCCCGCUAGGCCCCAGCUCGGCCGACUUCGCCCACUCGGUGGGCAGCCCCUUAGUUGACCAAAGCAUGUUUGAGAAUUCUAACACAGCGCCCACACCAAAGUUGCAGCCAAGCCGUUCCUUUCCCCACCUGUCCAAGUCUACCGCCCUCAGCUCAACAGCUUUGGGCCCCAUGGAACCAAGUGGGCCGGGCCUCCGAGUGGGCAGCAGCCAGCAUCUCAAGAACCUAGGGAAGGCUGUGGGAGCCAAGGUCAAUGAUUUCUUGCGGAGAAAAGAGCCAGGGAAUCUCGGGAACACUGCAGGAGUGAUGGAGAUCAACAAAAAUGCAGGAGCCACACUGUCUGCUCCGGAUGAUGCUCCACCAGGAAGCUGGCAAGAAGAAGAAAGGUCCACUCUCUUGGAAGCAUUCCCUCGCCUCGAUCCACCUCCUCCUGUGACCAAGAAGCGCACCCCUCGAGCCCUGAAGAGCCCCCAAGAAAUGCUGAUUUCACCCCAGCCUGUCGUGAGCAGCCUGGAGUAUGGGGCAGAGCUGUUGGCUGGGCCACCCCAGGAGCCGCCUUCCACAGUGCCCAGCCUAGGAGAGCCGGUCUCAGAAGACAAUCUGGGACCCGAGAGUUCCACGGAGUUGCCAGGGAGUGAGAGCCUGCCCAACGGAGAGGUCCCUUUGUCAGUGCCGGAUCUCAUCCACAAAGACUCUCAGAGUGAUUUCAAGCUGAGGACGACCGAGUGGAGAAGGGUUUCCUCCCCCAGCCUCAGUGAAAGAAAUGGCCUCAAACUCAGCCUUGGGCCUCUCGGCCUGACUGAGCCCCAGGAAGAUGGCAGCCCCCCGCCUCGGGCAAGGACCACCAGCCUUGACAAUGAGGGACCUCACCCAGACCUCCUGUCCUUUGAGUAGAUCUUCCAUCAUACCCUUGUCCCCUAAAGGAGCACCACGGUCCUUCCUCUAAAUCUGGGAAGGGAAGUCCCUGCCUUCUUUUCCCACUGUCCAGGGAGGUCCUGUCUCAGGCCCCCCCGCCCCCUCUCCCUUUAACCACCACACUUGAAGGCACUCUCAGGUUACCAGGUAAAAAUCCUGCUUUGGCCCAGGAGCUCCGAGACCUGAGAAGCUUCCUAGUAGUAGCUUUGCUUGUGUCUAGAUGGUUUUUGUCUCCUAUGGAGGUGGGGGAGGAUGUAAGAAUUUCUGUCACAUUGUAGUCCCCCUUAUUUCCUCGGUGUCUCCCAAUGCUGUUCUACGCCCAUUCAUCCCCUGUUGCACCUACACACAUACAGUUAGGAUGAACGGCACAGGGCAGAUUUCACUGUGAUUUAUAAAUGAUACUUAAUGAUAAUAAUAAUAAAAAAGUCCUAUUAAUUCUGGUAGUAACCCUCGGGAACAUGCUGACCACACUUCAUUAUUCCGAGGCAUACACAAGUCCCCAGGAAAAGAAACCAGUUUGACAAGAAUCUCUAGAAUCCUGUCUCCGGAAUGCAGCUCACUUCUCUGCUGGACACUGGGGCUCCUUUCCCCCCACUCCCCUCUGGCACCCGUACCUCCCAAUGCCUCUCGAUCACCAGGUGCAGCCUGGGAAUUCUACCUUAGGAAAUGGAAGUCUCACUUGUGUGGGGCCAGGAGUUCCACAGGGCAGUGACUGGUUGGCUUAAUGAUGGCUAAGCUUGCCUUGAAAGCCACAUGCUGAGCCCCAGGUAAAUGGUAGCCUAAGUGUGGGUCUGCCGGAGUCCCUAGUCCGCACUCCCCUCAUUAUCCCUGUUCACUUUGUCAUGUAACAAGAGAAGGAAGCAGGGGAAGUUGUUUGCUAGCUUUGAGCACCAGCCUCUAAGCUGCCUGCCCUAUUUAGCUUGCCACAAGGGACAGUCACACAGAUCAUUGACCGGAGUCCUCCCAGGGUAGUAGAACCUGAAAAUGCCCCUAACUAAGGCUGCUCAUUUUCUUCCCUUCUUCCUUCCCUGUGAUCCCUUUCAAUUUGGGCGAGAUGCUCAAUUGGAAACUUGAUGACCCUCAUUAUCCUUUAAGCUCUCCCCAUGAGGGAAGACAGCACCUUAUUUCAGGUGACUGGAAACAGGGCUGAGCAGACCCUGGUGGGAAUAGCGCAGGAACAAGCUCUUUUGAAUCCCUUUUUCAGUCCACCAGGAACUGACUUGUGAGGUCCUGUGAUGGCCAAAUGCCUUGGAACUCUAGGUGCCGAAAGCUGAUGGGAAGAACGAGGUCGGCUGCUAGGAUCCAGAACUAUAAAGGAAAUCAGGAAAGUUGUUCUGCCACUUCUGGGAUGGUCCUGAUAUUAAUGACAUGCCUGAGAGGAUGUGAAACCUCAAGCGAGGUAUAAGUAAGCGUAUUUAUGUGUAUUUUAAGAAUCAAAGGUGAGGGCACAGUACGUGAGAGGAGGAUUGGAGUAAGAUGUGAAACAGGUGGAAAAUCAUUGCUAGGAUGGUUUUAUCCUCUGCCAAAUUACUUUUAACCAAGUAAUAGGUCCUUUGGCAAAUGCCGGCCCCCCUAGAGUCCUGUUUUCUCCUCAGAUUCUUCAGGGCUUUGACUCACACUUUCCCCCUGCUUCCAGGACCCACAGAAACUAUCCCUGGUUAUCGGUGCUUCCUUCUGAGUUUAACCCGUUGUUUGUUCCUGUUUCCCACCAGGAGUCUUGGGGUGCUGCCUUCCCAUGACCAAGAGACCAUGUAAGGGGGUGAGCCCAGGCCAGGCAGCUUGCACAUCGAGAAGAAACCAGGCUUCCCAAUGGAGGAGGGCUUCAUUUUCUAGGGAGGGGCCUGGGUGGGAUUCACAUCCAGAGAAAAGGCAGAGCUUUCUGGGAGCCCCAGGCUAACCUAGCUCUUCCUCCUGCCUGUUCCUGUGCUGAGAUUCACCUCUGCUCUGCAUUUACUUUUCAUCUGCCUCUACCGCUGACUUUCCUUAAGGAGUUAAGCAACAGCUGCAGCCUUCUUUGAUCUUCCCCAGGUGCCAUUUCUUGCUUUAUAAUGCGGCCAUAGGCAAACAACUGUGCAAAGUUAGAGGCUAUUGGAGAGUGGGCUGCCUCUUGUUCUGUCUUGGUCACCAUUAAUGCUGAUUUCUCAUCCACUCCCUCUGCCCUUCCACUCCAGCUUCCUUUUCAACCCAAAACAGAAUGGGCUUUCCCCAUCCCCGGACAAACCUCAUCUCUGUCUCCUCAGGAGAGUGGUUCUGGACCUUAGCUUCUCUUGUUUAUUCAAGGCUUGGGACAGCUAUUGGAGAGUGCCUUAGAGGAUCCAAACAUCCAGAACAUAGCCUUAUUUAUUCUCAAAGUGUUACAGAAACGCAGUGGGGCCAGACCCCUGAGCCGAGCAGUCCCCUGCAUACAUUCUCCCUGAUGACUUUAGGUUUCCUAAUUUGGCUCAGGGACUGCAGAUCUGUUACCUGGGGGUCCUCCCGAUUUGAGCCUUGAUCCCUCAUGCUAUCUCUGAAAAAUAAAGCAGUGAGGACAUUGCCCUCCUGGUGAUCUCUUCCUUGGCCCCAUUUCUCUCCAGAGACUAUAGCAGCAUAGGCCAUGAAUACUAAUUUGGCUUCUUUUGGAAGCCAUGUCCUUUACCUUUCCUCCAUUCCAAAGCUGCCAUCAGUAGCCACAGAAUGCCUGCUCUGGAGUCUGAGCCAGUAAGGGUCUGUCGGUCUUGGUCUUCAUUUGUCAUUAAAGUCAUUAUAAAGGUUCCCACACAAAUGUAUCAAAGACAUAGAAUUAAUGGAGCCAAGCAUCUCUUCUAUUUCUAUUUAGAAUUCCUCUCCUCCCAACUCCCUUGCAAAACAGGGUAUUUAUCUACCUCAUCAGGAUCCUCAGAGACUCAAGUCUGGAACCUGCAGGUUCCCUCUUGAAGGAUUGAUUAUAUCUAGUGUGAACAAUUACUUUAAAACUUCCAAACAUGAAGAGAGACAUCUAGAUCAAGUCACCUCGUAUACCCAAAUUACCAAGUGAUUUCCUAGACUCAGCUCGGUCAUCUACCAACCAAGGAGCUAAGUUUAUGCAAAUGGCUAAUGCAGCCAGUGGCCUUCUUUGGGUGGCUUUGGAAGCCUGGUUUCUUAAGAGGGACGGGGAUCUAGAGAGAGAAAGAGAAGGAUGCAAAGGGAAAUUCUCAAGUCUUCAAAAACAAAGGGAAAUAAGACAUGGACUAUUUCCUUUGCCCAUUACUCUUUCCGCCCACUUUGGUCUGCAUAUCCACAUAUAUGGCCAGGUUUGUAUAGACCACACAGAGAGCUUUCAAAGACUCAAAACUCAGAAACAUUUCUGACAUGAGAGUUUUCCUGACAUUGCCUGUGUGACAUGAACCGUCAGAGCUGGAAAAGACCUUAGAGUUUCUCUAGUCCGAUUCCUUUGGUGUAUAGACGAGGGAAAGGGCCCAGAGAGAAGAAGGAAGGAAUAAAGGGGUAACAAAGUCAAGAUUGGAAUUCAUGCCUCCAGACUCCAAGUUAGAGCAGUCUUUCCACUAUGACACAUUGCACAGAAGGAAAUGUAAAUGUAUAUUGCUCAUGUGGAAGCAUAUGUAUAUGUGUUAUAUAUGUGGAUAUAUAGACAGAUGUGUAUCCAAUCUUUUUAAUGAAUGAGGGUGGGUGAGAAUUGUUGGUUGCAUUCAGUUGUAGGGAGAAAGAAAAAUAUCAGAUUUAUUUCUUCUAUAGAGUCUAUAUAUUUUUAGGAAUUUUCUGUAGAAAGCAGCUGAUUGCACAAUAAAAGGGUUUGGUUUUUUUCCCUGACAA